UAUUGUGCUGUCGCUCUGGUAGCUGCUCAAGUAAAUUUUACUGGUUUAUUUUACCAGGAAGACUCUGUAUGUUUCAGUAACAAUUUUAUCAUUUUUUGCUCACCAACAAUCGCUUUUUGAGGCAAUACAUGUGUUAUUAAAUGCAGUAUCAACUACUCGUUUCAAGCUAAAUUUACAAAUAUGUAGUGCAGUGAAAAAAGAUGGCGAGCUCCGCUGUGAUACUCUGGCCUAACUCCGCGACGUCAUCGCCCUUGAUGACUCAACCGUAAAAAUGUAGUGAUAUUUUGAUGAUUGCUGGCCUCUACUACAUUUUGACAACAACAGCUAGUUUCUUCAAGAAGUGUAUACAAACCAUAUUUGUGAAUGGUCCGUGCAUGGAGAAUUUCAACAGAUGUUAGAGAAGUUGAGAUACAUGCAGCUCUGUGUCACGACCUAGUUAGUCCCUAAGGUUCUCACGCGGUCCUUUUUCCGCUGGCGCCCUGCACUACUGGUUCACCAUGCCUGAGCUAACCAGUGAGGAGAUGACGUCGCAUCUCUAUGACCGCUUCGCUCAAGCUGGAACCUUCCAGUCUUGCAUGGCCUCUUUCCGUCAGCUGUGUGAGCAUCUAGGACUUGACCCCAGACAUCAAAAGAAUUUCUACCAACAGUUCAAGUCCAAGGUGACCACUUGGCAGGCAAAAUCACUAUGGGCCAAGCUGGACAAACGGUUCAAUCGGAAGGAGUACAAAAAGGGGAAGGCAUGCUCGGAUACAAGGGUCCUGGUCAUCGGCGCCGGUCCUUGCGGCCUGCGCACCGCCAUUGAGUGCGCUAUGCUGGGCGCCAAAUGCAUCGUCAUUGAGAAGAGAGAUAGCUUCUCCCGUAACAAUGUCCUCCACCUCUGGCCGUUCCUCAUCACCGACCUCAAGAAUCUCGGUGCCAAGAAAUUCUUUGGCAAGUUCUGUGCUGGCGCCAUCGAUCACAUCAGCAUCAGGCAGCUGCAACUGAUUCUCCUGAAGGUCACUCUGCUUCUAGGGGUCGAAGUUCACACCAACGUGACCUUUGAGGCACUGCAGGAGCCUCCCGAAGAUCAAGACCAAGAAAGUGUGGGUUGGCGGGCCAAGCUGAACCCCAUGGACCACCCUCUCUCUGAGUUUGAGUUCGACGUCAUCAUCGGAGCCGAUGGGAAACGGAACACGCUACAAGGAUUUAAGCGUAAAGAGUUCCGGGGCAAGCUGGCCAUCGCCAUCACGGCCAACUUCAUCAACCGCCACACCACGGAGGAGGCACGGGUGGAGGAGAUCAGCGGCGUGGCCUUCAUCUUCAACCAGAAGUUCUUCCAGGACCUGAAGGCCGCCACCCGCAUCGACCUGGAGAACAUCGUCUAUUACAAGGACGACACCCACUACUUUGUCAUGACAGCCAAGAAGCAGAGCCUGAUUGAGAAGGGCGUCAUCCUGCAGGAUCACGCCGACACUGCCCGACUGCUUUCUCGCGAGAACUACAGCCACGAGAAGUUGCAGGCGUAUGCCCGGGAGGCAGCCGACUUCUCCACCAACCACCAGCUGCCCAGGCUGGACUACGCCCUCAACCACUACGGCCAGCCCGACGUGGCCAUGUUCGACUUCACCUCCAUCUUUCAGGCUGAGCACGCCUCCCGUGUAAUGGAGCGCAAGGGUCACAGACUACUGAUGGCGCUUGUCGGUGACAGUUUGCUUGAGCCUUUCUGGCCAACAGGUUCAGGCUGCGCUCGGGGCUUCCUCGGUGCCUUUGACGCGGCCUGGAUGGUGCGAAACUGGUCCUCCAGCCAGAUGUCCCCGCCAGAGGUCAUCUCCGAGCGGGAGAGCAUCUACCGCCUCCUGCCUCAGACCACUCCCGAGAACCUGAGCAAGGUUUACGAGCAGUACGGCCUGACGCCCACCACGCGCUACCCCCACGUCAACCUGAAGGCGGCUGCCCCGCACGAGGUGUUGCACCUGUACGACACGGACAACGAGGACCUGAAGAGGAAGUGGGAGAAGGUGGUGAAGAUGGAGAAGCAGAUGCUGAACCGAACAGGGUCUAUAGUGCGCGGUAGUAAGCUACUGAUGUGGUGCCAACGCGUGACGGACACCUACAAGAACGUGCACAUAGACAAUAUGACAACAUCCUGGCGUAACGGCUUGGCCUUGUGUGCAAUCAUUCAUCGCUACAGGCCACACCUAAUAGAUUUUAAUUCCUUACGUGAGGAAGACAUCGUGCGCAACAACCAGCUGGCAUUUGAUUUGGCUGAGCGAGAGUUUGGAAUCAGUCCGACAAUGACGGGCGAAGAGAUUGCGGCAAUGGAGGCUCCAGACAAACUGACCAUGGUGGUCUACAUCUCGCGAUUCUACGACCUCUUUAAGGAUGAGCUGCCUCCUCCUUUGAAACCCAGCUUGGCCAAGAUUGAGGAGGUGCCCACCCACGUCAAAUCGCCGGUUGCCAAGUCCUCCUUCCUCUCCAGAAUCUCCUCCAAGAUGCGCCACAAGAAGUCCCACCAUGGCAACAAGGAGAAUGUGGAGGCAUUGAGUCCCGUCGCAGCCAAGAGACCUAAGAUCAAGGAAUCUCCGGAGGAGGCCCUCAAGAAAGUCCGAGCAGCCAACCUAGAGGCCCGCAUGAAGGAGCGAAUCAUGGAGCAAACCAACGCCAGGAAAGCCAAGCCGGUCAUCGAUGCCUCCGAACUCCCCGCCGGUACUAAUCGCGUCAGUGGAUUGGCAGAGCAACUGACGGCCCAGUUCCGCACUCUGGCCGGCCUGACUGUGACUGAUGAUAACAGGCCUGUCAACAGACCAAAAUCAAAGCCUUUUGAACCGAGCAAGACACAGAACAGCGACGUGUGCUUCUUCUGCGACAAGCGUGUGUAUGUCAUGGAGCGACUGAGCGUGGAGGGCCUCUUCUUCCAUCGCGACUGCUUCCGCUGUCAACACUGCGAGACGACACUGCAUGUGGGCAAUUACGUGUUCUCAAAGGAUGCGGACGGCAAAUCCAAGGGCAAGUUCUUCUGCCGAAUCCAUUACCUUGCUACGCUGGGUAAAGGCCAGCCAACACCCAACAGAAAACGACAGCUGGUCGAAGAGCCUUCAUCACCCAAGACACCUGUCAUCACCACUAUUCCCGAGGACAGUGAGGUACCCCCCAGCAUCCCUUCACUCACAGACAACAACCUGCUGUUGGAACCCAGCCAGAAGAGGUACCGAGCCACCCCCGAGCGCAUCGAGCUUGAAAACAUGCGGGCAUCCAUAGCGGCCGGCACGGUGGAAGUGACAGAGGAGGAAAUAGCCAAGUACAACCUGGGCACUUCCUUGCAGACUUCUGGGGAGGAGGAUGAGGAAGACGAAUCCUCCGAGAGUGAUUCAGAGCUACGGGAGGAAAGGUCUGGGUCUGUCAAGACCUUAGAAGAUGAAGACGAAGAUGAAGAUGACACAUAUGAGUAUGGUUCUGAUUUUGAAUCUGAUGACGAAGAUGACAGUGAUGAAGAAAGUGAAGAAGACAGUGAUGAGGAAGACAGCGAAGAAGAUGACAGCGAUGACGAGGAAGAAGAUGAGAACGAAGACACUGUAGCACAGAAGGAAGAACCGCGAUACAACCACAUCUCCACCGUCGUCAGUCUCAAGCAGCAGUGGCUGAACGACAUGAAGGCCCCGGCCAUGAAGCCCUGGCGCCCGCCUGAGGAGAUCCUGGCCGAGCAAAAGCGGGCAGAGGAGGCAGCGCGCAAGGCAGAGGAGGCAGCAAGGAAAGCAGAAGAGGAGGAGAGACUUCGGGAAGAAGAGAGGAGGAGAGAGGAAGAGGAAGCGAGACGAGUCCAGGAGGAUCAGGGCACGGGCAUACAGCAGGUCGAGGCAGGGGCUACGACACCGGAAUCCCCCAGGCCUCCCUUGCUGCAAAAGAGCCCCAGCAAGCUCAAGAUGAACCUUGACGCGUUGUCGCAGCAGUAUGCUGAUUUCGAGGAGGAGGCCAAAAUCCCAGUUGUCCCCCAACUGGACCAUGAGGGCUUUGUUGGUCUGACAGACGACGAGAAGGUCGCAUCGAUGCAGGAGAUGGAUAUUGAUGUCGACAAUGGGGAGGAAAAGAAAGACGAUUGGCUGCUGAGCGGCGAGGAGGAGGACAAAGUCAGCUCUGAGGAAUUUGACGAAGAGUACCUGUCGUCGGAUGAAGUCUUUGAGAUGGGAGUCCUGCAGCCUUCUGAGGAUUCUUCAAGAGAGACCAACAAAGCUGCAUUCGAUGACGACGGUGAAAUUAUAAAGAGCCCUGCACCUCAGAAGGAAACAUCAACACCCAGUCCCGUUGUGGAUAGAACUCACAGAAGUAGACAUCAGUACAGAAAUACAGAGGAGAAAGGUGACAUCAUUGCUGAGGGAGACACACAGCCACGAACAGCUUCCAGGAUGUCAGACUCGAGUUUUACAAUCUCCACUCCAAGUGGUUCCUUCUCUUCAGUUUCCAUGAUAAGCACGGACAGUUUACGUCCAGGCGACUUUGUCGACUUGCCUGGGCCAGUGGCGAAGGAGGAGAUUGUGGACCUGGAUUAUACAGUACAGUCGGCCGUAAUCAGCACUCCCCAGACUCCCCUGGCUGACGGGAGCAACCUGGACGUCACUUUGGAAUCGGAUGAGGUCUCCCACAAUACUGUGAUCACAGACGCCGAGAACGUUGGGUUGGAUAUGACAGUGGAAUCAGGAGAAGUGGACUCGCACAAAAGGGAAGUGUCUGUGGACAGUGUUGCUCUGGAUCUCUCUGUCACGUCGGGUUACCAACAAAAUGACAUUACGCCCCAGCUGCCGACAGUAAAAGACCUUGAACUCUCAGACAUUGGAGUUGACAUGGAAUUAGAAACUGAGCCCAACACCUCUACAAAGAAUGAAGAACUUGACGUGGACACUGCACAACCAAUGCAUGUAGGAGAUGCUCUAAAACCCAAUUUAACAUCUACUCCAGACGUUGUGCCAUCUGGUAAGUUACAGGAAAACGGAACAGAUGCCAAGAGUCCACAACCUGCUUCAAAGGAUAAACCCAAAUAUCGCCCCAUGUACAAUAAAAGGGAUAGUGGACCUAGGCUGGUCAUGUCCAGGUCAUUUUCAGACUCUUUCAAAGAGAUCCCAGCUCUGGAUGUUAUUUCAAACGUCUCCAAGGUGGAGGAAAAGAUAGACGAGUUAGCAGACCAGAAUGCAAACACCAGUAACGGCGUGGUCUACCGCAACAAAAAGAAGAUGCUACCAGAACGACCAGAUUCCCCGAGUGGGUACGUGGUCCCCCCGACUGCAAUACGGCCGACAUCGAUAAAAAUGGAUACGCUAUCCCAAAAAAGGGAGAGGACUUACUCGGGUGGCACAGCCCGUGACAGGGUGGUCAAAAAGAAAGAAGGGGACUCGCCAAAGAAAUCACCCAAACGGCAGUUGCCUAAAGUACCGUCCAAGGAUAACGGCCAUGUUGAUGGGAUUACCCCUGAGGAAAGAGAGGUUGGCAAGAGGAUGCUACGAAACAAGACGAAAAGGAAGGAAAACCAAGGAUGGUCCAGCUCAGGAUCCAGCACUCCUGAUAUUAUCAGCCCCAUAGCUGUCGCAGUUCAACCACCUUGGGAAGCAAGCAGCACUCCUGCUGGUCCUACCCCUCUGGCCAACAAGACCAGCAGCAGCAGCGACCAGUUUUUCACCCCGGAAACGGACAACCCGCCCACCUCGGAGUACCUCUCCGUCUCGCCGGGUGAGAGGUCACCGCUCAGCGACCACACACCGUCACAGUUCACCGACGGCAUCCCCCAGUCAGAGUCCAGAUCGGAGGAGAGGAAGUCCCGGCUAAGCAAGCUCCGCGGGGACAUGCGCAGACGAGAUGCCCUGCGGAAGACGAAUUCGCCAAGGUUGGAACGCAAGGCGGCCGGGAAGAAGAGCAAGAAGAAGUCCAAAAAGUCCAAGUCAAUGUCUUCCCUGAGUGAACUGGAGGAUCGCUCUGCAGCAUACCGCGUCGCUGACUCGACAGAGGCCUCUGUGUCUGCCGAGGGUGAACUGGAUACGCCAGGAGCUUCAGCUGGUCCCAGGACAGGUCUAAGAGAAGACUUACCUCAGAUCAAACCAACGACAGCUCAGCUACCCAGAAUGAUCCGGCGGCUGACGGUAGACCCCAGCCUGACGGCGUCCAUCGACCUGGACUUCAGCUCCUCGAGUGAGACGGAGGAGGCGGCCAAGGAGGAGGCCAGGGAGCGGGGCGAGGAGGCCAGCCCCGAGGCCAAGGGCAAAGGCAAGGGCAAAUCGCCCAAGAGAAUGUGGGGCAAGCGAUUCAAGAGGCUCAGACAGGUACUUUCAAAGAAGCCCCCCAAAGUACAUGUACAUGUAGACCAGGUGAUAACUAAGAAGUCCCCCAAAGCGGUCGAGGAACGUCGGAAGAUAGAGGAGGAGGAGCUGAACGAGAAGCUGACACGGCGCGUCCAGCGCGAGGCCCGACGGCAGCACCACCAGCAGAAGUUGAAGCGCCACCGCAUGGCCCAGGAGAUCCAGCGGCAGCUCCAAGAGGUGGAGGUCAAGCAACGGGAGCUGGAGAACCGAGGCGUGGUGGUGGAGAAGGCGCUGCGGGGAGAAGGCACAUCAGAGGGAAUGGAUGAAAACACUCUGAUGCAGCAGUGGUUUAACCUGGUCAACGAGAAGAAUGCCCUGGUCAGAUAUGAGUCGGAGCUCAUGGUCCAGGCUCGUGAAUUGGAACUUGAAGACAGGCACUGUCAGCUAGAGCAAGAACUCCGUCAACGCAUGGCUGUCGAGGAUUUCAAGAAGACGGAGCAAGAUCGGGAGGUAGAGAAGUUGCUUCUUGAGGAGAUGUUGGAGGUUGUGGAGCAGAGAGACGCUCUGGUGGCUCUGCUGGAGGAAGAAAGACUCAACACCGAGGAGGUAUUGGCUUGCUUGAAGGCUUGUCAGGAUCGCUUUCCUUCGUCCACCUUAACAUCAUUAACAGUAGAGGGAGCAAAAGGAGGACAUGGAUAUCGAGGAGAUUAUGCUGAAGAAGGGUCUUCUGACAGCAAGGAGUGACGUGCCCGUACACGUAUGAAAACUGCCCCCUGACGUCACCCUCAGUUCCCAAUUGUCAACCCUUCUCGGAAGUCCCUUUUAAGCAGUAAUUUGUUACUGAGCAAAUAAUGUCCAUGCCAAGCAUCGCACGUUUAAAGAAAGCAGGUCUGUCUAGAUACCCCAAACAUUCUAGUUCUUUGCAUAUGAAAAUGUAGGAAAACAUGGCUCCCUUCGUUUUUGCCUCUGUUGAUAUUUAUUUGAUCCAACAUUCCGGCAUAUUCACCGAGGGGAAAAAAGAACCAGUUUGGCAGUCGGUUGCCAUUCUCUUCAUUUGAAGUUCAAUCGAUCACUUGUCAAAUUACAAGUCAGGUCACUGGCCGGUUCGCAAGCAGGGGAUUUACGAUGAUUAAACAAAUAUCGAAGGGAGUACCUUAAUCCCAAGUUACAUGAACAGCUUGUGACUUGAAUCUGAGUCGAAACCGGCUCUAGUUCUGGAGACAUUCUCUGAGGUGUUAUCUCUCCUGUUAAUACAUUCUUGGUUAUGAUAAAUUGGAAAUAAUAUUAUCAAGAAGGAUCUGUUGUAUUUUUUGUAACAUUAAAUGUUGUAUUCUGCGUGUCAUACUUUUUCUAGAAACCGUUGGUAAUGCAAACGCCUUUUUUUGGCAAAGAAGUGAGGAUUGUAAUUGGCAGUUCCUGAAGCAAAAGUUUUAUAUGUUGUCAAUGAUGCAACCAUUUGUAAUGUAAACUGGCGCAUGGUUUGCAUUCUGUGUAGGUAAAAGGUCAAUAUUCAGGACAUCAUUGCUGGAGAAUAUGCCACUUUUGAAAUUCAUAUUUAGGACAAAUGCGUAUGUAGGUUUUGCACUAUCAAUUUCUGCACAUUGUCUAGUUAGCACACGUCCAGUUAGAGGUAUCCUUUGUGUAUGAAAACCAUUUAAUAUGCAAAAAAUCUGACCCGUUUUCUCCGUUGUCGACAAAUAUGCAACAACUGAGGCUGCUGGUUUGACCAAAAUGUUGGUUUACAUGUGCUUUUGUUUGAAAAAAAACUGGUGAAAUGCUCAGAAAGGGCUGAAUUGUAGUCUUGUGGCUUUAAUCGAAAUUAAUUGAAACUGAGAUUUAACAAAACAAGAUAUUUUGUUUCUGUUUAUAAAUGAUUACAAAGUUGGAGUUGAAGAGCGGCACUUAAAAUUUAAAAAAUGUGGCAUUCGGAAAAUUGGCACGAUAGCUUUGAAAAGUUCACUUAACUAUUAAGCUUGUUUUUAUAUUGGACUGAAUCUUUUGUAAAAGUUAGUUCAUCGAAUUUUAUGUAAAUAUCAGUUUAUGUCAUAUAACUUUAAAUUAUUGUCGUUUGAUGCGUUGUGAAAUGUGUGUAUGCGUUUUUUUUAAUGAAGUUUCUGGUGCUCUGCAAAUAUAACAAUGGAAUUCUAUGAUUAUGGAGUUCUGAAUUCCACAUAAACUAGGUGCGCGGUCUUUGCCAUGAAUGUUUCACCUCUCGGCAGUCAGGGUGACUGUGCUUUUUCUCUUCUUACAUCCCAAAGACCCCAUUCGAUUACCAGCCAUGACCAUUGGCGUACCAGGGUGCGCUCGAGGGCUCGAGCACCCUGACGACGCCCCCCCCCCGCUUUUCAUUUGUUUACCCCUUGAAAAACAAAGAUGCAUUUCAGACGUGUUCAUCUACUUUAACACACUGGAGGCGUAUUGCUACUUUCGUCUGGGAUACCUCAACAGAGGUCAGGUAACAUAUUGCACGCCCUUGGGGUCCCUCUUGCGUGUAACUCGCAUGAAAUGCUGACAACUGUUUCAUAUCUGUAUACCCAGAAAAUCUUAAGUGGUAUUCCAGUGGAAAUAUUGGUGCAUGCCAAGGUGUAACCUUCCCAGAGAUUGUGCCUGUAACAAUAUGCAAAAUGUAUAAUUGGCAAUAUUUAGGUUGGAAGAAAAAUAUGUUAACAUUCCUUAUGCGUACUUGACAUUGUAUAAGUUGGUUUGUUUGUUUGUUUUCUUCCCUGUGGACGAGGUAGUUAGCAAAACCGAAGUCCUUAAGCUAGAUUCGUUCUGUUUGUUUAAGAAAUGUGUUAAUUUAUUGGUUUGAUAUUUCUAUUUGUAACGUACCCGUUGGCUGCAUUUAUAACAAGUUUUAUAUGGGCUUUGCAAAUUAUAAUUGCUAAGUGCUGUUUCUUGUGAUUUAAAAGAUUCCUCGAGUAUUGAUGGAGGGAUAGUCUGAGCUAUUUUCCCUAAUUAAUCAAUUAAUAACGUAGAGUUUAAAACACCUAGCUGCGUGCUUUUGUUGAAAAGCAUGCGCUCUUGCUGCGAUGUUAUCUUUUCUAGGAGCGAGUCUGUCUUGGGAAAAAACCAAAGAAAGUUACCUUUUCUCCUAAGAAUCACCUUAUGUGAAAAUGUUAUUUAUAAAUAAAUAUAAAUAUCCCAUAGCAGUAGAAUUUUAUGGAAUUCGAAAGCGGAUUUAGUUUCCAAAAUGGGUUUAACAGGCAUCUGAUAUUGUUUGUCCCUUUAUAUUUCUAUUUUGCAGUCAAAGCCAAUCCCAUAGAUACAAAGGUCUGCCUGUACUGAGUAAUUGAAUUCCGCACUUUAACUUAAAUCAAGACAGUACUAUUUUUGUACUAACUUUCGGCAUGUUGCGUAGGUGUUGGCUUUGUAGAAUUUGAAGAUAUGUAUUUCCACCUUAAACCUAUAAAGUAGUUGCAUCGCAAGAGUAUUUUGGCGCGUGCACGUGUAACACAAAAGGAACUUAUAAUUUUUUCGUGAAUAGGCCUUGAAAGACUGAAUGAAAGAAUCUCAGUAAAUGUCUGGUAUGCAUUAGAGAGAUUUUCUGUUUAAAAAAGCUUUCUCUGUUUGGGGUAAAUCAGUCCAGUUGUGAAUGAAUGUAAUGAAAUCUAAGGAAGAGCUUUUCCGUGUGGUCAGUUUUGUACAAAGUAUUCAGUAAUAAAUAUAUUUGAAUAGAAA